AGCAGGCCUCAGGGAGAACUCCAAUGAAGUCUGUGUCAGCGCGCCCACACCAGGCCACAACAAUGGCCGCCGCCAAUGUCCCAGUCCCUGGAGAGAUCUCACCUCUCACCGAGAUGCACUCAGGGCCUAUCAGCAACAUGCCCUCCAUGUUUGAGAGAACUAGCAAGAAUAUGGUCAAAGAGAUUGGAGACAAAGAACCAAGGCCUGUCAAAGACUUCUUGAGUGCUACCAAAAUGCAUCAGUUUUCUUUAUUUCUGAAGAAGAAGACUCGCUCAAAGUUCUGGGAACAACCUGAAGUUCUAGCUGACAUCUCCCUCAUGCACAUCCUCGAACCAAGUUCUUCAGUCCCAGAAACCACUGUGGCAGGACCAUUCCUCUUCCAUGACACUCUGGUCCAGAAGCAGAAGGCUGGUGUGAGUGUGAAUGCCGGGGUAAGAGUGAGCUUGUUGGGGGAGGCUACUGAGUCCAGCGAAGACUCCCUCCAGUAUCAGAUUGUUACCAUGCCAUUCCAGACCUGGACAGACCUUCAACAGAGGAAAGUGUUGGAUCCAGAGCCACCAUUUCUGAAGCAGUGCUGGAAAGCAGGUGUGAACCUAUAUGUUGUGACAGAGACUGUGGAACUGCUCAACAGUCCUGUGCUGUGUGAUACCAGCAGUGUGAUUCUUUCGGGAAAAUUUUCCAUCCCUUGGAAUACUUUAUUUCAGGGUGGAGGACAGGGAGAGCGUCUCAGAGUGAGAGAGAAGAAGCUGCCCCUGCAGAAGGGCAUGGUAAUGGCCUAUAAGAGGAAGCAGUUGAUUUUCCAGAAGAAUGGCUGGGAUGUUCUUCUCAUCUCAGAUGACGACAAGCAGAACACCUUUCCAGAAGACCCAGCAGUCUUUCUGUCCGAAGGGCCGUUCCUCUGCCCACCACAAGACAUGCCAAUAUUCAAUAUGCAAGAAGAAGGUCCAGGUUCUGUUCAGUUCCAGUCCAAACUUAUCCUCGACUUGGUGACAACAGAGGAGGUGAUGAACAAGAAAAGAAGAGACAGAAGUGAUCAGGCCUUGCCCUCAUGGCCUCUUCCCAAGGGUUAUCAAGAUAAGUGUCACAUAAACAAUAGUUCCUGUGCUGGGCACACAACCCUGAAGGACUGCCACCCCCACCUAAAGGAUGUGGAACCUGAGCCCAGAGCACUUAACAUUCUGAUCUCUAGAGCCCAAAGCUGGAAUCCACAUUAUUCCACACAUGCCCCUCCCCCACGCCUCUCUGCACAACCUCAACCCCGGGUGCUGCCUUUGCUGUCCUUCCCCGAACCCUGGGAUCUGGCCCGUGGGCAACAGGCAGGGGUGGAUGGAGAGCAGCAGGUUAGGGAAGUAGGGGGCAGAAGGUCUGAGAAACCAUGUGUCCUCAGAGACCAACUCUUGGGCGGGGAGUUCAUUUCUCUUCUAGACAUGGAAAUUUCCAUCCUUCCAAUAGACAUGGAAGUUUCUAUCCUCCCAAUAGGAAGAAUAGAGAAACGCUUUGGGCAAGAUUUCAAGCACCUACAAGAAGAGGUUUCCUGGAAAAUGGAGGCACUGGCCCAGCUCCCAAAGGAUGUUCAGGAUGCUAUAUUCCAUAAUAUCCUGGCCAUGCUCGGGGACCGAGGGGCCCUGCAGGACCUCAUGGACAUGCUUGAACAAGAACCCUUGGGUCAUUUGAAUGGCCCUGGUGGCACCAUCCUAAAUGAACUGCAAAAGGACUCAAGAUAUCUGUGGCUUAACCCAAAGUACCUCAUCCUUUACCUGCUUGAAGCCAUAAUGGUGCUGAGUGACAUCCAACAUGAUCUGCUGGCCCAGUCCAAGGAGAAUAGGAUCCUGUUCCAUCAGCGGGAGCUGGUGAGGAGCAUCCUGGAGCCCAACUUCAGCUACCCCUGGAAUAUUCCCUUUACGCUCAAGCCCGAGCUCCUCGCCCCACUCCAGGGUGAGAGUUUGGCUAUCACUUAUGGCCUGCUGGAGGAGUGUGGCCUGCAGAUGGAGCUGAAUAGCCCCAGGUCAACUUGGGAUCUGGAAGCCAAGAAGCCUCUGUCUGCUCUGUAUGGGAUCCUCUCGAUGCUGCAGCAGCUGGCUGAUGCCUGAGUCUUCCCUGAUGGGCAGUCAGUCCAGAGAGGCCUGGACCCACCCCAGUCUAUGCUGUGAGUGUCCUCAGUGGGCUCAGGGGACCUAGGGCCACACCUCUCUGCCUUUCUGGAUGGGAUAGAGACAGGGAUCGACAGAGACUUGAGGGAAUGUUCUGGGAUGAUGGAAAUAUCUAUAUCUUGAUAAAGAUUUAUGCAUUUGUCAAAACUCAUCAAACAGUGUGCUGAAGAAUGGGGCAUGUCACUGUAUGUAAAUUUUACUUCAAAACAAUGUAAACAAAUAUUGAACUCUAGUUAAUAAUAUGCAUUCUGAAUUGUUUGGGGUGAAGCGUACUGAUAUCAGUAACUCAUUUCAAAAUGCGUCAAAAAAUAAGGUGGAUUGAUGACAGAAAGACAGAUAUGUGACCAAGGAAAUGUGGUAAAGUGUCAAUAAUUGGGGAAUAUGGGUGUAGGAUAUACGAAAGUUCUUUUUUAUUCCUGAAACAUUUUGUAAGCCUAAAGUUGUUCCAAAUAAAAAAUUACCCCCCAAAAUCUGUGUUUAUUUAUAUAUAGAUAUGGAUAUAGAUAUAGAUAUGUGAGUGUAUGUGUGUGUAUUUUUUCUCCACAUCCUUGAGAAGACUUGUUAUAGCUGUUUUUUUUUUUGUGUGUGUAUAGUUAUCCUGCUGUGUAUGAAUUGGCAUCUGAUUGUGGUUUUGAUUUGCAUUUCCCUGAUGGCUUAUGAUUUUAAGCAUCUUUGCAGGUUCUUGUU